UGUAGGCUAGAGCCGCGUAACGUCUCCUGGCCAUGAAGUUUGUGUGGGGAGUCAGAUGACCACAAACUUUUUCCAUUGCGAGUCAAUUCCCCUGUUGAAUGCAACUAGGCACGUAUAUGCAGUUUAAAUGUAAAAACGCUUUCUUUAGGUCUCUCAGGGUCCAUAAAAAAAAAAAAAAAAGAUCUGAAGACAUUUUCCGAUACACUGGCGGUAGAAGAAACCUCAGGAGGAGUAAGAAGAAAGAAAAAUUCAUGAAUAUUUAAAACUACUAUUAAAUAUUCUUCAGACCUAAGGCUACUUGAUGAAUAUACACUCAUUCAGAGUGUAAACUUUGAGCGUAACACCUCGCUCAGUCCCCUGUUGCUAAAUAGCCUAUAGAACGUUUUGUCAUCAUGGGUGACUGGAGUGCCUUAGCAAAGCUGCUGGACAAAGUCCAAACAUACUCCACAGCUGGCGGAAAAGUAUGGCUCUCAGUUCUCUUCAUCUUCCGGAUCCUGGUGCUGGGGACUGCAGUGGAGUCAGCCUGGGGGGACGAGCAGUCUGCUUUUGAGUGCAACACGCAGCAACCUGGCUGUGAGAAUGUCUGCUAUGACAAGUCUUUUCCCAUCUCCCAUGUGCGCUUCUGGGUUCUUCAGAUUAUAUUUGUUUCUGUGCCCACCCUUCUGUACCUCAGCCAUGUGAUCUACCUCAUGCACAAGGAGGUGAAACUGAAAAAUAAAGAGGAGAUCUUGAGAGCCUUACAGGGUAAGGGAAGAGAUGUGCAUGCUUACCUGAAGAAAAUUGAAACUAAGAGGUUUAAGUAUGGCCUAGAAGAAACUGGGAAGAUCAAAAUGAGAGGAGGCUUAUUUUACACGUAUAUAGUGAGCAUUGUAUUAAAAUCGGUUUUUGAGGUUGGAUUUUUGUUGAUACAGUGGUACCUUUAUGGAUUCCGGUUGUCAGCUGUUUACACAUGUGAGGGGUUUCCAUGCCCUCAUAAAAUCGAUUGCUUCCUGUCACGUCCUACGGAGAAGACCAUUUUUAUCAUAUUUAUGUUGGUGGUCUCCCUGAUCUCACUGGGACUUAAUGUCUUUGAAUUUGUGUAUGCAGUCUUUAAGAGAAUGAAGGACCAAAUAAAAGAGUUGGAGAAGCAGUUUGACAGCAACAGUAACUUCAGGCCUUGCUCUGGAGACGUGUCCAGCGGUUACAAAUACUACAGCCACUGCUCAGCCCCAGCUUCCAAUCUUGGUUACAACCUAAACACAGUGGACAAAUCAAACUCCUCAGACAAUUUUGUCAAUGAGCAGAACUGGACUAACUACAGCACGGAGCAAAACCAGCUGGAUCAGAGGAACUACUGCCCAUCCCAGGCUUUUGGGUACUCAGAGAAGAUGGCUCUAGGAAAGGAUCUUGUUCUUCUUAAACAGCUUGACCCUCACCCGCACAGUCGAUCCAGCAGUCGUGCAAGGCCCGAUGACCUUGACAUCUAGGAGCCCAAGCAGUAACCUUCUUAAAUCUCACAGAUGGUUUUUGUUGAGUCUAUGGGACAUUUACAGCAUUUAGCUGACACUUUUAUCCAAAGCAACUUACAAUUAUGACUGAGUACAACUUGAGCAAUUG